CUCCCUUUCUCCCUCCCUCCCUCUCCCUCUCCCUCUCCCUCUCCCUCAGCACGCCUUACACGCGGACCCAACGUGUUUCCCAAACAACCGAUUCUCACACUCAUACCAAAACACCCACGAAAAUAUCCGCUACACUCAUCUUCUCAUUAAUUCCGCGAACCCAUUCAGGAAGAACAGACUCGACAUCCAAGAAAAGAUUGAAGAAAAUUAAAAAAAAACAGCAAGAAACAGCAAGAAAUAGCAAGACUUAGAGAGAGAAUUGGAUGAAAUGAGCGAGGCGGGCGAGCAGAGCCUGCCGGGGAGGAGGCCGCAGUUCGGGGCGAGGUUCCUCAAGGAUAAGAAAAAUGUCUUUGAACAUAAUGCGUGGGACAAUGUUGUGUGGGACGACACACAAGAAGCAGCUGCCAUGGCUAAAGUACAAGAAAAUUCCGAGGUAACGCUAACUCCAGAGGAUAUCCAGAAGUUGGAAGAGGAGGCAGCACACCACUGGGAUGCCUUCUAUGGGAUUCAUCAGAACAGGUUUUUCAAGGAUCGCCACUGGCUGUUCACCGAGUUUCCAGAGCUGGCGCCUCACCUAGCGCAUACAUUCCCUCGCAAGAUACAGCCGGGGGAGGGAGCGGACUCUGACGGCAUUCCAGCCAGCGGCAGCGAGGGUCAAGAGCCAGCCGAGCAUUAUCGGAUUCUAGAGGUGGGAUGUGGCGUCGGGAAUACGGUGUUCCCUAUCCUCAAAGUGAACAAUGACCCCGGGCUCUUUAUGUACUGUUGCGAUUUUUCAAGCACUGCAGUGGACAUUGUGAAGGAGUCCCCAGAUUAUGACACAAACCGUUGCAGAGCGUUUGUUUGCGACCUUACAAGUGAAGCCUGGGGUGCUCCGUUCCCCAAGAGCAGCCUGGAUGUCAUUGUGUGCAUUUUUGUGCUGUCAGCCUUGAAUCCAGACAAGUUUGACCACACUGUGAGGAUGAUGGCUGACUACCUUCGUCCAGGAGGCCUUAUCUUGUUCCGAGACUACGGCCGCUAUGACUUGGCUCAGCUCCGUUUCAAGAAGGGGCGCUGCUUGUCCGAGAACUUUUACAGUCGUGGAGAUGGUACUCGCUGUUACUUUUUUACCCAAGAUGACGUACGAAAGCUUAUGACUGACGCCGGCCUUGAGGAGGUACAGAAUCUGGUAGACAGACGUCUGCAAGUGAAUAGAGGCAAACAGCUUACAAUGUACAGGGUGUGGGUUCAGGCAAAGUACAGAAAGCCAGCUGUAAAAGAUACACAGCAAGUCUCCACACUUUCAUGACCCACUUUUGUUUAAUACAAAAUAGCUUUUAUUAUAAUUCAUUGGUAUUAUUGUUAUUUGAGUUUUAAUAUUUGGUAUAAGUGGUAAUAGGGUGAAGAAAUUAAGUGGAUAUGUGAUGUGAUAGAGUGAGGGACAUUAAUGAGAAGCAUAUAAUUUUUUUUUUAAUACUGCAUAAUGUUAAUCUGCAAAAAUCUGUUAGUCUAUUUUAGGUACAUGUGAAAAACUAAGAUCCAUUACCCUUAUUUAUAUCCUUUACAUGUGAUAAAUUAACUCACAUUUUUAUAGUCAAUGGAUUUUUUAAUAAUAGGAUUCAUAAAUGCAGAUCAGCAAGAAAAUAUAAGCCAUAAAGUGUCAGUAUGGAAUAAAAUGAUGCAGUGAGCAGCAAAUGCUAACUGUAAAACAGAAAAAUA